GUGCGCGUUCCCGUCAGCGCGCCAUCCCGCCAGUUGCCGUCGCCUUGUCAUUGUGGGUCGCGAUCGCCGGAUGAGUGAGGGGACAGGAUGAUCUGUCUAGCGUUGGCCGUGUUUGCCUACAUGUUCCAAAUGGUGAUCACUGGAAUACAUGAGCGUACCUUUAUAGCUGUCAAGCCAGAUGGUGUUCAUCGACGUUUAGUUGGAGAAAUCAUACGGAGGUUUGAGAAAAAAGGAUUUAAACUGAUUGGAAUGAAAAUGAUGAAGGCCUCUGAAGGGUUGUUGAAAGAGCACUACAUCGAACUUAAGCAGAAGCCUUUCUAUGAUAGAUUGGUGAAAUUCAUGAGUUCUGGACCUGUGGUUGCCAUGGUAUGGCAAGGACUGGAUAUUGUUAAAACCACUCGGGCUAUGUUGGGAGAAACUACUCCUGCGGAUUCUGCACCAGGUACCAUUAGAGGGGACUUCUGUGUUGAAGUAAGCAGGAAUGUAAUCCAUGGCAGUGAUUCAGUGGAGAGUGCCGUCCGUGAAAUCUCCCUCUGGUUCCACCCCGAGGAGCUGGUUUGCUGGAAUGAUUUUGCUGAUGACUGGAUAUAUGAAUAAACCAAUCCUUGUUUUUUAAAAAAAGCAUCGCUCAGGAACAAGCCCACCAGUACUGAAACUUCAUUGUUAUAGUAUCCACAUUGAUUGCAACAGACCUAUGCACCACUGAGUUUUUCAUUCUUUCUAUGCAAAUUCUUUUGAAAUUAAUUGUUUUAAAAUUGUUCCUUCAUGUUGGAUCUAAUUGAAACUUUGGAAGAAAAAUAUUAAUCCUUUAGAUGAUUCUAGAAUUGAAGUAUUAAGCUAUCUUUCAGUGAUACGCAUUUCUACUACUUUUUUAAACUUGGUUUCCAGCAUUUCCAUAUUUUGUACCUGAAAAUGUUGCUGCUGUGAAUAUGGACCGCAAUACUGGGUGGUGCUUUUUUUUCUAGUGAGAAGCAUCUAAUAUGACACAAAUGAACAUCAAAGCACAAUCAGUUCUUGGUUGGGUGAUAAUCAGCAUCACAAGCUUUUUCCAUGAUAUUGGAUGAAAAGGUAAUCUGCAUCUAGACUAUUAUAAUUGAUCCAGUUAUCAAACUUGUUGACAAGUCAGAGUCUGAAGAUUCUCCAUUCCUUUAUGGCUAAAGAUUAGGGGCCAUAAAUAUUAUAGAAGUGGUUGGUAGUUUCUGAAAGACCUUUCUCUCAUCUGUCAAUAAUGAGUGAUUGACAAGAGUUAAUUAAACACUGUUACAGCUUCAUGUGAGCGAUACUUCAAAAUCUUUUUAAUGUAGCCUGUCUUCACCUGUGCACCCAAACGAUGCACGGAUUGCUAUGAUGAAUGUGACCAUUGAGUACCAGAAGAAAAAGAUUCCACAAUAUUUCUAAGCCAGGGGUUCCCAACCUGGAGUUUAUGGCAGGGGUCUAUGGCAAUAAAAAAAAGUUUGGGAACUCCUGUUCUUAUCACUUUUGCAAUACUGACAUUAAUCUACUGGCUUUAAAGAAGGAAAUUGUUUAACAAUCUGACAGCAUUAUUAUAAUGAGGAUAAAUUACACAGUGGAUUUAGACCAGUUUCUUAAAUGUAUUAUGCUAAAUAGAUCACAAGAGGUUCAUUGCCUUCUCAUAGUAAAUGAAUAUUAUGUUCAUUCAAUAAUUGGUAAAGAUUAAACUAAAAUGAUAUGAAUUAGAAGAACUUAUGUGAAGCAACAUUGUAAUAAAAUGUUCGCCAAGUUCACCAUUUCAUAUUUUUUUGCCAAAGUUUUUGUUUGAUGGUCUUGUAUCUGAAUUUGAGCAGAUUUGGUUGCAUCACCUGUGCUGCUUUAUCAUUUAAAAAAUUAUUUAUUCACUGUGAUCAUAAAAAUGCAAAUAGUUUUUAGGAACUUGUUCAGUGGCUAUAUAAUUUUGCCUGCCAUAGAACUAGGACUUUCUACAUCUGUUUUAGUUUCUGUAUGCUGUACUGUAGUUAAUUCAGACCUGUUUCAUCCUGAAUAUAAACUAAGGAUUGUAAAGGAAAAAAUGCCAAAUGGCCAUAAUAUUAAAAGAUCAAUAGAUAGGACUGAACAUUUGAUAUUUAUUACUAUUGUCAAUAAAAUAAUUAGUUUGGGUACACAAAAUCUCUUUUGUGCACCUGUUCUCGGGGCAUUAAAUCCUGUAGCUCAAGUUAAAAAUGCUAUUGAUACAAGUUCCAGAGAAAUAAGAUAAAAUAUUGUUAAGCCUAAUCCAUAAUUUUUAUCAUAGUUUACCACACUGCUGGAAUACAAGUAAAUUAAUAGUUUUUCUGCCAGUGGUAAUUAAAGGAUGCUUGCAUUAUACAGUUAGACUGGUCAACAUUGAAUAUAAUAGAUUGACUGCUAUAAUAUGUAGGCUGCUGAAAUUUUCCAUAGGGAUCUUUUUUCCCCAGUCUUUGUCAUAACUGUUUAUGACAAUGAGGUAGGCAAUCUGCUGCAAAGUGUUUUGCCACAGAAGAAUGCUCAAUAUUUAUAGUGUACUUGCUGCUGAUCACAACUCCAGAUUUUACUGUGGCACGCAUCACGAAUGUGAACUUUUUCAAUGCUAUGGGAUCUUGUAAUAUGUUAAGACAAUAAUAUUAUGCAUUAAGUAAAAAUGUGAAUGACCCUGGUGCUAAUGUAUCUGUUGUUUAAAGUUUCUUUUAACUAAAUCAGUUUUGCAAGAGUCAGUGAAUUGCAAAUUACCAAAUCUUAUUAGUGAUACUCUCUAUUUGAAUGCUGGAACCACAGUAGAUCAAGCAGCAUCACUGGUGAUAGAACAUGAGUCAGCAUUGCAUGUCAAGAACCCUUCACCAGAAUUGGAAAAAUGAGAAAGCAUGUUUCAAGUUGUAGAGAAUGAUGGGGAACACAGAAAAUGUGUUUCCCUGUGAAAGACUGUAGUCAUGGAACCAAUGACCUUAGUCACCAGUUACAGGGAUGUCCCUGGUUACAAAUCCAACUUCACAAAAUUCUCCCAUACAUUUUUCAAGCUAGUAAUAAAAUAUUUUAUUAUUAAUGUAAAUGAGUAAACAGUAUAUGUCAAUUUAAUUAUAAGGUAGCAUUAGCAAUUAUUAAAUCAAGUAUAGCACGUGAAUGUAGAGCUACGUACGAGUUAUUGUAGAAAAUUGAUAUAUCUGGCUUAUGGUGAAUUAGAAAUGGACAUUAGACAUGUAAAUCAGGAACUGUCUGUACUUAGUGCCAGAAACAAGGGUACACAUACAUAUGUGAAAAGAAAACAAAAGUGUAGGUACCCAAAACUCAUGAAAUUCACUAUUAAGGACCCAAGGCUACAAAUUGUUAUCUCAAAUGCGAGAAGUGCAAAUGGCCUCUGAGCUGCUUCCAUUUUGUUUGUGGAAUUCAAGGGAGCUGACUAAAUGUCUUUCACUGUGUUAGGCAAUGUGGAAAGUAGUUUUUAAUGUGUCUAGUGAGGUGUGAAUAAAACAGCUUUAUAAUUAAGGUAACCUAUGCUAUGGCCAUUUGAUUGUACAUUUCAGAAAAUAAGUAAAGGUUACAAGCAGAUAAAGUCAUUUUCUUUUCAGAAGGAGCACGGUGCCCAGUUUUCAGUCAAAUAUGCAAUGAUUAAAACUUGGAAUAACAUUUUAGUCUUUAAAGUACGAGUCAUGAUAAAAGGUUAAAACUUGACUGAAAAUACAGUGCUGAGUAACCCUAUAUAGACUGACAUAAUAAUCAGAAAGGACUGGCAAUUUCAAAAGCCUGCUUAGAAAGUAAUGCAUUGACCAUGAUAAAUUAGUAGAUGUCAGUAAUACGCUGCAGAAGCAAGCACGGAU